GUGUUUGAGCCGGUCAGUUUUGUCGUCUGCAGACAGACGAAAACAGUGUCUUACAUUAAAACAGCUUUAAUUUAGUAAUAAAUUGUUUCAAUAUUAGCAAAACUAAUAAACAAUAGUGAUGGUACUAUUGGUGUUGCUGUCUGCGGUGGCGGUGGCGCUGGCGGUGUACCUGCGGCACGUGUACACAAGGUUCAGCAAGUAUGGUGUCAAGAGCCUAACACCGCUCCCCAUUCUCGGCAACAUGGCACGUAUCGUCAUUCGUAUGGACCAUUUCGCACAAAACAUGGAAAGGAUGUACAAGCUCGACUCUAGAGACAGAUUUGUAGGAAAAUAUCAAUUCCUGGAUCCUGUGGUGAUAAUAAAGGACAUUGAUCUCAUAAAAGCUGUCACAGUUAGAGACUUCGAACACUUUCUGGAUCAUCGCAAUUUUGUUGACGAGAAACUUGAUUCGUACUUCGGAAGAAACUUGUUUUCGUUAAAAGGCGAAGAAUGGAAACAGAUGCGAUCAAUCCUUAGCCCAGCCUUCACCAGCUCCAAGAUACGUUCGAUGGUGCCGUUCAUGGUCGAAGUUGGCGACAAGAUGAUAAACUCGCUAAGAAUGAAGAUAAAAAAAUCAGGAAAGAAUAUAAUUGACGUAGACUGCAAGGACUUGACGACUCGCUACGCUAAUGACGUCAUUGCCACUUGUGCUUUCGGCCUCAAAAUCGACUCGCAUACCGAAGAAAACAACGCCUUCUACAAAAAGGGCAAGGAAACUGUCGCCUUUAACUUUAUGCAACUGCUCAAGUUCUUUACUCUUACUUCUUGGCCAAAUGUUUCGAAGUUUUUUAGGAUUACUCUGUUCUCGGAAGAAAUAAGGUUUUUCUUCAGGGACUUGGUGCUGAAUACAAUAAACGAUCGCGAAGAAAGAAAUAUCUUCAGACCUGACAUGAUCCACCUACUAAUGGAAGCCAAGAAAGGUAACUUAAAACACGAGAACGGUAAAGACACAGACGCGGGCUUCGCCACCGUCGAGGAGUCAGCUAUUGGAAAAAAGAACGUUGAUUACGUGUGGAAUGACAAUGACCUAGUUGCACAAGUGCUGUUAUUCUUCAUCGGGGGCUUCGACACGGUGUCGACGGUUAUGUCGUUUGCACUGCACGAGCUGGCGGUCAACCCAGAGGUGCAGGAGAAGCUGCAUCAAGAAAUAAAGGAACACCACGAAAACAACGGAAAAAUUGACUUCGACGCUGUAAAUGAACUCAAGUAUUUGGAUAUGGUUAUUUCAGAGGUGCUGAGACUGUGGCCUCCUGCCGUCUCCAUGGACAGGCUCUGUGUCAAAGAUUAUAAUUUAGGGAAAUGUAAUGAAAAGUCCACCAAAGAUUUUAUCGUGCGCAAGGGAGAGUCGAUCAUUAUUCCGGCGUGGGCUAUUCAUCGCGACCCCGCCUACUACCCGUCUCCCCGUGACAUGUUAAUGAUACUGCUAAUAUGGACGGCGGUGGUCCUGUCCGUCUGCUGGCUGUACUCCCGCGAGGUGUACUCCAAGUUCAGCAAACGUGGCGUCAACCACCUGAAGCCGACGCCAUUUCUCGGCAACAUGGCCUCCGUAAUUCUUCGCAGGAAUCACUUUGUUGAAGCUACAUCAAAGCUUUACAACGCGUAUUCCGAUGACAAGUUUUUGGGUUGGUACGAAUUUGUAAACCCAAUUAUUAUGUUGAAGGACAUUGAACUCAUAAAAACAAUAGGAGUCAAGGAUUUUGAAUACUUUUUGGAUCAUCGUCCCAUUGUUGAUGGGAAAAUUGAUCCCUUCUUCGGCAGAAGUCUCAUUUCACUGAAAGGUGAGGAAUGGAAAGACAUGCGGUCGACCCUGAGCCCCGCAUUCACCAGCUCCAAGAUGCGGCUCAUGGUGCCCUUCAUGGUAGAAGUCGGCGAUAUCAUGAUCAAGUCGCUCAAGGAGAGAAUACAGAGUUCAGAAGGAGGCUACAUAGACGUCGAGUGCAAAGACCUUACUAAUCGGUAUGCGAAUGACGUCAUCGCCUCCUGUGCAUUCGGCCUCAAAGUGGACUCACAUACGGAUAGAGACAACAUCUUCUACAAGAUGGGCAACGUGGCUGCCACCUUCCGCUUCGUGCAGCUUCUCAAGAUUAUUGUUACCGCCUCUUGGCCAAUGAUUUCAAAAAUAUUACGAAUAUCUGUUUUCGAUCAAAACGUAAAAGACUUUUUCCAAGAUCUUAUUCAAAAAACGAUUCAAGAGCGUGAAAGUAAAAGUAUCAUCAGACCUGACUUGAUUAAUUUGCUGAUGAAAGUAAAAAAAGGUCAGGUGACAAAUGAUGAUUCAGGCGACGACAAUGAUGCAGGCUUCGCGACUGUUGAGGAAUCAUCUGUAGGCAAAAAGAAUGUUAACCGCGCUUGGACUGAAAACGACCUGAUAGCGCAAGCAGUGCUGUUCUUUAUUGCGGGUUUCGAGACGAUUUCGUCAGCAAUGACAUUCGCACUGCACGAGCUGGCCAUGAACCCUGACAUGCAGGAGCGACUGCUGCAGGAAAUAAGGGACAAUGAUCAGAAGAACGGAGGGAAAUUCGAUUACACUUCAAUACAGAACAUGAAGUACUUGGAUAUGGUUGUGUCAGAGGUACUUAGAAAAUGGCCACCGGCUGUCGCACUGGACAGAUUGUGUUUGAAUAAUUACAACCUUGGAAAACCCAAUAAAGAAGCCACUAAGGAUUAUAUUAUACGUAAAGGUGAAAUAGUAACAAUACCCGUGUGGUCGAUUCAUUACGACCCCAAUUUCUACCCGGACCCAGAAAAGUUCAAUCCAGAGCGCUUCUCAGAUGAGAACAAGCAUCAAAUUAAGCCAUUCACAUACAUACCCUUCGGCCUUGGUCCAAGGAAUUGUAUCGGAUCUCGGUUCGCGCUGUGCGAAGUGAAGGUGCUGCUGUACCAGGUGGUGCGGCGCAUGCAGCUGACUCCCUGCGAGAAGACAUGCAUACCAGCGCAGCUCGCCACCGACACAUUCAACAUACGACUCAAGGGCGGACACUGGCUCAGGUUCCGGCUACGACAGUGA